AUGGUCGAAGACGACGAUGAUGAAGAGGACGAGCUGAGCGCGCCUCCGACAGAUGAUGAAGACGCAGAUGAAGAUUUUGCUCCUGCUCGACGGAAACCUGCCUCUAGCACCUCGAGUCGCAAGAAGCCAGUCAUUCGCAGUGACGAUGAAGACUCAUCUGAUGCCUUUGGGAGCAAACACAAGCGUAAGCUCUCAAGACGUGUCAACUAUGCCGAGCCUGAUAAUGAUGAUGAUCUGCUUGCGAGUGACGAGGAGAUGGAGUACGAGUAUGUUGCACCAACCACUGAAAAGCAAGAUGCCAUCGACCUGGUCUUGGACCAUCAACGUCUCGCUACCGAAGGCGAAGCAACAGAUGACGUUGAGCCAAAGCGUAACCUUGAGUACCUUGUCAAGUGGCAAAACUAUUCACACCUGCACAACACCUGGGAGACAUACAGCUUCCUCUCUGGCUUCAAAGGCGCCAAACGUGUCGACAACUACAUUCGUCAGUAUGUUGUGAUUGACGCCGAGAUUCGACGGGAUCCUGCAACCACACGCGAAGACAUCGAAGCAAUGGACAUUGAGCGUGAACGCCGUCGGGAAGCGCUGGAAGAGUUCAAGUCCAUCGAUCGCAUCGUAGACGCGCGUGAUGGCGACGAUGUCACCGAGUACCUUGUUAAAUGGAAGCAACUCUACUAUGACAGUUGUACAUGGGAAAAGGCAUCCGAUUUGAAGGACGAGGGUCAGCCAUUUGUGGAUGCAUACCUAGAUCGCGCGAGCUCGGCCAUUGCGCCUUCACUCAGUCAAGCGUAUACCGCCACCAACCGGCCAAAAUUCAAAAAGCUCGAGAAGCAACCUUCCUACAUCACGGGUGGCGAGUUGCGUGACUUUCAGUUGACUGGCGUCAAUUGGAUGGCGUACCUAUGGUCCAAGAAUGAGAAUGGUAUCCUGGCUGAUGAGAUGGGACUCGGCAAGACUGUUCAGACUGUCUCCUUUCUAUCCUACUUGGUGCAUGGCUUGCGGCUAAAUGGUCCAUUCCUCGUCAUUGUACCGCUAUCAACUGUUCCGGCAUGGCAAGAGACACUUGCUCUGUGGUCAGCCGAUCUCAAUUGCAUCACGUACCUUGGCAAUACCAAGGCAAGAGAGAUGAUUCGUGAUUAUGAGUGGUACGGUCGUGGUUCUCGCAAGCCAAAGUUCAACAUUCUCCUUACCACUUACGAAUACAUCCUCAAGGAUCGAGCCGAGCUGGGCAGCAUCAAGUGGCAGUACAUGGCCAUCGAUGAAGCGCAUCGUCUCAAGAAUGCCGAGUCACAGUUGUACGAGGCCCUUCGAGAGUUCAAGUCCGCCAACCGUCUCCUCAUCACCGGAACACCCUUGCAAAACAACAUCAAGGAACUUGCUGCACUCAUCGACUUCCUCAUGCCCAACAAGUUUGAGAUUGCACAGGAAAUUAAUUUCGAGACGCCAGACGAACAGCAGGAAGAGUACAUUCGCGAUUUGCACAAACGACUUCAGCCCUUCAUAUUGAGGCGACUGAAGAAGGAUGUGGAAAAGUCGCUGCCAUCCAAAUCAGAGCGCAUCCUGCGCGUAGAGUUGGCUGAUUUGCAGCAACAAUAUUACAAAAACAUUCUGACGCGCAACUACAGCGCGCUCAAUGCAGCAUCGGGUCCAGGUGCGCAGCACAAUCUUCUCAAUGUCAUGGCCGAGCUCAAAAAGGCCUCCAACCAUCCAUACCUGUUUGAUGGCAGCGAAGACACCUUCAUGUCUGUUGCUGGUGGCGAUCAUACCCGUGACGAUGUCUUGCGCGGUAUGGUCAUGAAUUCAGGAAAGAUGGUACUGCUGGAUAAGCUCCUGACGCGCCUGCGCAAGGAUGGUCAUCGCGUUCUCAUCUUUUCGCAAAUGGUGCGCAUGCUCGACAUUCUCUCAGACUAUCUGGCUCUUCGUGGUCUGCCCUUUCAACGUCUCGAUGGUACGGUACCGGCGGCAACGCGUCGUAUUGCAAUUGAUCACUACAAUGCGCCCGACAGUCCAGACUUUGUGUUUUUGCUCAGCACGCGUGCAGGUGGUCUUGGUAUCAACCUCAUGACGGCUGAUACUGUUGUCAUCUUUGACUCUGACUGGAAUCCUCAAGCAGAUCUGCAGGCUAUGGCUCGGGCGCAUCGUAUCGGUCAGAAGAAUCAUGUCAUGGUGUACCGGCUUGUAUCAAAGGAUACAAUUGAAGAAGAUGUGCUUGAAAAGGCGAGACGCAAGAUGAUCCUUGAGUAUGCCAUCAUCUCGCUUGGUGUGACGGACAAGUCGCAUCUCAAGGUCAAGGACAAUUUGACAACAAACGAGUUGAGCGAAAUUCUCAAGUUUGGCGCAUCCACCAUGUUUCAAAAGAAUGACAACCAAAAGAAGCUUGAAGACCUCAACCUCGAUGACGUGCUUGAGCAUGCAGAGAAUCACGACACAACAGGCGAUGUUGGUGGUGCAUCGAUGGGAGGCGAAGAAUUCUUGAAGCAAUUCGAGGUGACCGACUAUAAAGCAGAUGUCACUUGGGAGGACAUUAUCCCAGCUGAGGAGCGAGCACGCAUCAAGGAGGAGGAAGAUCGCCGGCGAGAGGAACUCUUUCUUGAAGAAGAAAAGAAGAGUGCCUUGGGUCGCAAACGCAAGCCAGGGCCCGACUUUGUGGACACCCUGCCGCCAGACUCGACCAUUCGCAAGAAACCUAUCGACCGCAGUGAUCCGAAAGAGCGACCAGUCGGGGAGAAGGAGGUACGCAAUAUCUACAAGAGCAUUCUCAAGUUUGGUUCUCCAAGAGAGCGCUGGGAUCUUGUCAUGGCAGAUGCAGAAGUACUUGAGCUCGACAAAGCCAAGGUGACCGAGGUGGUGAAUGACUUGUUUGAGAGUUGCAAAAAUGCGAUACUGGAACAGAAUGCUCGUGACAAGGAGUCUGGCUCGCCUGCGGUGCCGCAAAGGAAGAGAAAAGCGCUUCUCCUCAGUGUUCGUGGUGUGCGAAACCUGAAUGCCGAGACGUUCCUGCAGCGAUCGACCGACUUGAGCUUGCUGCACAAGUUGACAACAGACAAGACGCCAAAGCAAUUCCGACUGACUGCGCAGGUUAAGCCUGUUCAUGGCUGGACUUGCAGCUGGGGUGUUCGUGAAGAUUCCAUGUUGUUGUAUGGCAUUGAUCGCUAUGGAUUUGGUUCUUGGAAUUUGAUGCAAGCGGACGAGGAGCUGGACCUGAAAGGCAAGUUUUUCUUGGAGGAUCCACGCCACGAGGACAAGGAAAAAGGCGAAAACAAAGAUUCACCUGGUGCUGUACACCUGGUCAGGCGUGGAGAGUACUUGCUGGGUGUGUUGCGAGAAGACGAGGAGCAUCGUGCCAAAGGCGAUAUGCGGCGUUAUGUCACGUCGCAGCCAAAGAAGAAGGCAUCGCGCGACUCUUCUAGCCCGGCGCCUGGCAAACGACUCAAGACUUCAGUCAACAAGCUCAAAAAGAGCACGAAUGGCAGCUCGUCGCCACUUUCUUCAUCGUCCAUCAAAAAGCGGGCGGAACCAGAGUCUGAAGUGGAAUAUGAAUCAAUGGAUGAAAAUGCAUGCAAGUCCAUCAUGAAGGCUGUCAAAGACCCUCUCAAGCGUCUGAGACGCGAGGGAGCCGAGCUCAAGGAUCACGCUCUGGCUGUGUGUCUCAAGGAAGUCUUGACCCAGGUCGGUGAGUUUAUCGAUGCGCAGGUCGCAGCCUCAACAGAUCCCAAGCUCGAGAAGCAUCUAUGGCACUUUGUGACAUACUUUUGGCCUACGGACAUCAAGUACCUGAAGCUCAUUCGCAUGUACGCAAAGAUACGCGAGGGCAAGCGUAAGUAG